CUUUUUUGACGACCUGUCUGCGAAUAAAAACAGCUCCUCUGUCCACUUCUAUUUCCUUCUUCCAGCUCUGCCCUCGCUUGACGAAAGGUCCCUUUGGCGAUAAACGACCCCUCAAGGCUUCAGGCUAAAGAAAUCAUUUCGGAACCCUUGGACAACUGCGCGUGAAAAUUGUGGUCACAAUGGUGAAAUUCCGGCUUGUUGGAGUCAUGCAAAUGCUGGCGACGGAUAAGUACCGGGCGCUACACUACGUUUUGAAGAUUGCAGACAGGAAAUCUGCGAUUGAUUUCUUCAAAAAUGUUCUUGGCAUGAAGGUUUUACGGCACGAGGAAUUUGAGAAAGGAUGCGAGGCUACUUGCAAUGGACCAUAUGAUGGGAAAUGGUCGAAAACUAUGGUUGGAUACGGCCCCGAGGACAAGAACUUUGUCCUGGAACUGACGUAUAACUAUGGAGUGGACUCGUACAUCGUUACCGAAUGUAUUGAAUACAUCUGUGUUCUUCGGCGCGAUGUCACUGCUGCAAGAGCCGUUGCGUAUACUACUUUGACGGACGGAUCAUUGGCAUUGUCUAACAAUGGGUACUAUUUCCGUGUGAUUGAAAGCUCUGCAGACUUAAUCUGUCGGGUCCAACUCCGUAGUGGAGUCGCUGAAUCCAGAAAUAACCAGCAUGCAAAGUUCUACGAGGAGAUUUUGGGAAUGAAAUCGGUGAACUGUGGUGAUCAAGCACGGGCAUGCCUCGUUUACCCAACGGAUCCAAUGGUCCUGGUCCUUCGACCUUUCUUACCACGCGACGACGACGACGGAAGUGUGAAACACGGAACUGGGUUUGGGCGAAUGGCCUUCGCUUGCCCAACAUCUCAUCUCCCACGAAUCCAGGCUCUCGUGUCAGAGGCAUCAUAUGAAGGGGGUUUUAAACCCAAAAUUCUAACCCCUUUGGUCUCCCUUGAUACUCCAGGGAAAGCAACAGUGUCCGUUGUCAUCAUCGCAGACUUAUCGGGACACGAGAUAUGCCUCGUUGGGGCAGAAGAUUAUAAAGACCUAUGCAAAGAAGAUCCCGGAGCGGACGAUCUAUUGACCAAGAGCAUGGCUGAAGACAAAUCCCGUGAAUGGCUCCAGAAGAAGAAGCAGCAAGAGACGCAGCAGGAGACGCAAAACGUCGACGAUGCCGACUAACCGAGUUUUAUCUCCCGUCGAUUUUAUCUGUCUACGUUACAUUCAAUAUUUUGUGAUUCUACUCUUAUAUUUUCACUGAAAAGAAAGGUGUGCAUGUUUAGUUAUUUAACUCGGCCAAUCAAAUUACUAAUAGGUUUGGAACUUGAACACAAUUUUUUCCGUCCGUAAAUAGUUGCAAAAUAACAAUAUCUAAAUCAAAUGUAUAUAUUAACAGAGAGUAGAAAUGUAAAAGAAUUCGUAGUAAAAUAUCUAUGAUUGGAACUAGUAAAUAAUUUAUUUUAUCUCGUUGAAAAUUAUAUUGUAUUCAUAAUUCAAUGUUUCCUACGCUUUACGUGUAUUGCUCCUCACGAAGGAAUGAAAAUGAUACGGGUCCAUCAAAUAAAUAUUAUACGCAUGUAAGAAGGAUGAGAAUUAAUUUAUGUGAACAGCAAAAUGUUAACAACAACAAAGUUUUUUAUUUUAUUAAAUACGCCAGUUUUUAUAAAUUUCA